CACAUGUUGAUGUGUGUUUGUGUGGAUGUGUGUGUGUGUGUGUGUGUGUGUGUGUGUGUGUGUGUCAGAAAGGGGCGAGAGCGUGUUUAGACAUUGCUUAUGUUAUCUCCUCGUCUUCUCUCCUGCGUGGACACCAGCUUUACCUGGACAAGCUGGCUGCCUGAAGCAUAGCUAACGGGGGAGGGGGAGCGACCUGUGUGUGUGUGUGUGUGUGUGUGUAUAUACAUGCGUGUGGGCGGGUGAAAGGGUGAGGGGCGGAGAGAUGAAAGGGCCAGGUGAGGAGGGAAGUCGGGUACCUCUCUCUUACAUUCUGGUGCUCUCUCUCCCCCUCUUUUUAUCCUUCGCUCACUGGCACGCGACACUAACCCCGGACGCUUGAGAGGAGAUCCUCCUGCUGGACCUUUCUACUACAACAAGCAUCUGUAGCUUCAGUUCCAUCAUGUCUCAUUUGGAGCUGCUGGAAUUUGAGCAAGAUGGACUUCCAUGGACUUUAGAAGUGAAUAUUUGUAAAUGAAACCGGAUGUUGUGAUUCUAAGAGUGCAACCAAUCGCUUCAGCUCUACCACCAUGCCGCAACACCGCCAGAACUCUACCGUCGAGCUUUGCUCCUGGAUCUGAUUCUUCAGCAGGGGAGGAUGGGUUAUAGUCCCAUGAGAAUCACCUCCACCCACAAUCCUCAUUCCAUCCUCUCAUGGAGCUUACAACUGCUUAUAACACACUGUGGAACAUCACCCAUGCCACCUCUUGGCAUCCGAACGUGACCCAGCCCAACACCUCAGGACUGAGUGACCCCAGAGAUAGACACCUGCUCCAGACAUUUGCCCUGUGCGCUAUGCUCUUGAUGGACAUAUUGGCUGUAGUGGGCAACUUAGCCAUCAUGACAGUCAUUGCUCGGACACCUCGACUGCGUAAAUUUGUGUUUGUCUUCCAUCUUUGCCUGGUGGAUCUCAUUGCAGCUCUGGUGUUGAUGCCUCUAGGUAUGCUGUCAGGGCAGGGCUUUUUUAACGAGGCUCUGUGUCAGGGUUACCUGUGCCUCAGUGUGGGACUAAUCAGUGCUGCUAUCCUCACUAUCUCAGCCAUCAACGUAGAGAGGUACUACUAUGUUGUUCAUCCCAUGCGCUAUGAGGUGAAAAUGACUGCAGGCCUGGUGGUUUCAGUCUUAAUUGGAAUAUGGAUCAAAGCCACCCUUAUGUCUGCAUUCCCUUUACUCGGCUGGUCGCUUGAAAGAGAGGAGACAGGACCAGUGCUGGGGAAAGUUAUGGGCAAAAUCACUGUACCAAAGUGGUGCUCGCUCCACUGGAUGGACGGAGGGCCCCAGUGGCUGGUGUUUAUGGUCCUUUUUACCCUUAUGUACUUCCUGUGUCCAGUUCUUGUUAUCUUUGUGGUCUACUGCAACAUGUUUAAGGUGGCCAGAGUGGCUGCCAUGCAACAAGGCCCAGUGCCCACGUGGAUGGAAACUCCUCGGCCACGUUCUGAAUCUCUGAGCAGCCGUUCAAGCAUGGCAGCCAGCCUUAGCAGAGCUCACACCACCCCUCAGAGGACUUUCAGUGGGGGCAAGGCUGCAGUGGUACUGGUGGCCGUGGGAGGUCAGUUCCUUGGGUGCUGGCUACCUUACUUCUCUUUCCACCUCUACUGCGCGGUUAUGCCGUCCCCUCUUGAAUCUCUCACACGCAUGGCUCAACUGGAGGACGUCUUCACCUGGAUUGGUUACUUUUGCUUCACCUCCAAUCCUUUUUUCUAUGGUUUUCUGAAUCGGCAGAUCCGGGAAGAGUUGGCCAGAAACCUGGCCUUCGUUUUCAAGUGGGGGCAUCCGGGUGAGGAGGAACAGCUGCCCAGCAGAGAGGCUUCUAUUGAGGAGAACUUUCUCCAGUUUCUUCAGGGCACAGGCUGCAAUAUGCGACCGAGGAAUUCCCAAAGCAUGUCCAUUCCUCAACAGGAGGAGGACAAUCCACUCUCCAGUCAGCUCCACAGGCCAUCUAUUGACUUCCACAUUCCUGGCCAGAUCAUGGAGGAGACCUCAGAGUUCAUAGAACACCAACACACAAAAGAUCUUAAUAUAUCAGACAAUUGUAUCAAGGCUAAUGCGUAACUGCAAGGUUGAUAUAUUCAGUUGUGAACUAUGUAUUUAAUUUAUCAUAUAUUGUUGCUACAUUUUGCUAAUCUUUUUUAUUCUCUCCCCAAUAAUUUGUCCAUAGCUUGUUUUAAAUGUUUGGUUUGUAGGUUUCUGUCACACUCAAAGAAUAUUUUCUCACAAGGAAAUAAGUUACAUUCCAGUUGUUGAACAAUGGUCUCAUUCCAGUGCAUUACCACUAGGUAGAAACUUAUUUAUGUAGAUACAGCAACAUUUGUCCAAACGAUGUAACAUGAAAGGAACAUUGUGAUGUGGAGUUUGCAUUCAAAAUGCAGUAUGAACCGCAAGUGAUUGAUGUAGCUAAUUUAAAGGCUCCAAAUAUUCAUAAAUCAGUAUAUGAUUGGUUAAUAAUUAAAUAUUAUUGUAUCAAACAAAUUUGGAUUUUGAACAAAAAUUGUGUAGUGGGUAGAUUCAAUUUAUUAUUUAUUUGUUGUUGCUCCUUCAAUGGCAAAAUGCAGUGCUGCUGUAAAAUUAUGGCUGUCUGCAAUGUCAUAUUUCAAAAAGUUUUGUUUUCCUUGAAAAUUCAUUAAAAACAUUUAAAUCUAUAAUUCUUCCCUAAGAAUUGCUGUUGAGAACUCCAAAUGCAUAUCUUUAUUCUGGUCAUCCGCAAAAAUGAAGUACAUGGAAAAGAACCAAAUUGAACAACUGAAAGAAGCCUUAACAGAUUGUGAUAUAAUCCUGAAAUUGCUGCGAGUUUAUCAAGAUGCACAUUUAAAUGGCAUGCCUUUCUAAUCAGCCAUGCAGAUACAAUCUUGGGUUGAAAAACACUGAAGUGUGUUUACAGAGUGUAAAAACUGCCUUUGUGUAUUCAGUCACAUUUUCUACACCUUGUGACAUGGAGAUGGCGGCUUCUACCCCAGGGCCUCUGGCUUGCUGAGGCACCUGAUCCACAGAAUGGUGGGGGGAAUCAGAUAGUCUCUAAAAAAAGGGUAACAGUCUGCAAUCAGCUGAAAACAUGUGCCACUACCGAUGUCCUUCAUGACUUUGUUCACAUUUAUUUGAUUCGCAAUGUUGCUUUUAUUUGUUCUGAUUAUUUAUUUUCAUUGAUAUGUGAAGAAGACUGUACAAUACCUGCAGAAUGUUUGACUCCUCCCUUUUCUUUAAAAAAAGCUAAAAAUCUGGGUUCCAGUAAGGCACUUAAAUAGAAGUGAAUGGGGCCAAUCAGUAAACCUUAAAAUAUUUUUUAUUUCAAAAGUAUAGCCACAAGACAUAAACAUCAUGCAUGUUAACAUGAUUUUAGUGUGAUAACACAGAAAAGUUAGUAAGCAAUUGUAAGUUAUAGACAGUCUUACAACUUCUUAAUCAACUUAAUCAUUAUUAUAGUUUUAGUAGUUUUAGCAGGUUUUUUGUAAAAUUAUAUGCUUCAAGUUUCUGCCUUUUAAACCAUCUAAAAAUUGGCCCCAUUCACUUCCACUGUAAGCGCCUAACAUCGAUUUUUGCGAUCUUUUUUUUUAAAUGAAUGGAUGAAUGAGUCAAAGUAAAUUUUUGUUGUAAUCAAUUCAAUAUUAUUCCACAAAUGCUGUCAAUUGAGCUUAACUUGUAAUGCACCAGGAGCAUUCCUUUAAUGAUGCUUUUCAGACAGCAAUUAAGAGGAUCCCAGAAAGGAUUUAGAAUUUUAUAUAUCAACCAAAAAAGUAUCAUAUCUUUUUAUACAUGAUAUUAUGGACAUACCAGCAUAUUUUGGACAUGUAUUUUGGUAAUAAUUCCAGAUAAUAAGUGCCCUAGAGUUCCAUGUAAAUAACAUGGUAUAUGGUAAUAAGUGGCAUAACUACAGAUAGGUUAAAGAGGCCAGCCGAAUCAAUCUAGCAUAGUAGUGACAAAAUAAUUUUUGGGAUGGAAGGGAUAAGGUCAAAAGCCAAUUUAAUAUCCUUCAUAACAUUACUGUGACCAGAGAUAAAUUCCAAUUCUCUGUCAUAGAAUAAUUACAUAAUUCAAUACAGUCUUCUGCAUUAUUAAACAAAGCUGUGUUGUCUCUUAGUUGUUCUUGUGAUACAGAAAGACUCAACUCACUGUAAAUGGCUUUUUGUUUGUGGGCAAAUCCAGCAUUCUGUCCAUUGCAAGAGAAGUCUUGAGUGCUUUUCCAUAAGCAGAAUCAGCCUUUUGUGGCCACAGCAUACAAUCAUACUGUAAAGUUAAUAUAACAUAACCAACAUGUGUGGUUAAUAUUGUCCUCCUUUUACUUGUGGAGGAAAACACCUCUUCACACUUUGUUUUAAAGUUAUCAAACAUAAAAGCAGUUUCAUUGUACUUGUGUCUUCUUUCCCAAACAUGUUUUACCUAUUUCUUUAUCUUAGCCAUCUUAAAUCACAUGACCUAGAUGCAAAGAACUCAACAUCUAGAAUUGUGUAGUGGGGAGAUUUUUGAGAUUUUGAAGUGUUUGUAUAGGCAUAAUAUUUUCAAUGUAAUGGCAUUAGUGGUGACUGCUGUUUUGAUAAAAAAAGAAGAAAGAAAAAACAAUAGGAAAGAGUCCAUUAAAUAUUAAAAAGAAACUGAAAAUUCUCAAGUUAAAUAAUUUGAUGACACUGUUCAUUUGAAAGAUAAUAUAAUUUUAUUAACCAUAUCCUUUUUAUUUACAGGUAUUUAAAUACUGCAACCUAAAAAUCAGCAACAUUAUUUAUUUGUCACUUAUAUGUGUAUA